ACCAUUAAAAAUUAAAACCAUUCCGCUUGUGUUGUGUUGUGGCUUGGUGUAAAUAACGAUUUGGGUCAAGUGUUCCAAGCAUUUCGAAUGUGCGUAACAAUUUGCAGAUGAUAGUAGUGUAACAUUUUCUAACAAAUAGUUGAAUGUUGAAUGCUAUAAAAUAAUUCUUAAGUGCUGUCAGGUUUUAUUUUACUCGAAAAUGGUGGAUAUCAGUUCUUCAUUGGCUGAGACUCAUAAUGUAGAGGAUAUUUUGUCAUAUAGAGACAAAUUGUUUUAUCCUGCUUCAGGAUGGAAUUAUAUGAUGAGACGAAAUAUGCAGGAGAUCGUUCCAGGUCUCUUUCUAGGCCCGUACUCGUCGGCCCUGAAGCAAUAUCAGAGUAAUUUACUUGAGCAAGGCAUCACGCAUAUAGUUUGCGUGAGAGACAGUUCAGAAGCACAUUUUAUUUAUCCUCAAAUGACUGAUAAUUACACUUACUUGACAUUGGACAUAGUUGAUAGUGAGUUUGAGGGUAUUUUAAAACAUAUUCCAGUAGUAACUAAGUUUAUCAAUACUGCACGGAAUAGACAUGGGAAGGUUCUUGUGCAUGGUAAUACUGGAAUAUCUAGGAGUGCUGCAUUAGUUUUAGGCUAUGUUAUGAAAACUUAUAAUUAUUCAUAUACGCAAGCUUUGAGACUUGUGAAACAGAAGAGGGGGUGUGUUAAUCCAAACCCAGGAUUUGCAUCUCAGUUGAAUGAAUAUGAAGUGAUCUAUAAGACUCAAAAGUAUUUUGCUCGUCAUCAAGGACAAUGUUCAAAGACACCAGACCAGACUCCUAAAAGAAGGAAUGAUGGUUUAUUUGAGGAACCCCAUCCAAAAAUUGCUGCAAUAGCCCGUUAUGAUGAUAUUUCACAGAAAGAUAUUAAUGUAUCAGUAAGGAAAAAUCCAAAUACAGUAAGUGAAUUCUGCUCACAAGACGAGAGUUGACAUUCUUAGCUAAGUUGGUUAAUGCCAUUUGAGAAAUCGAGGUAUUCCAGUUUUUUGGGACUUAUCAAUUUUCAUGCAUUUCCAUAGGAUAUACAGUAUUCAAUUAAUUUUAAAUUUUUAUUCAUUUCAAAUAGGUGCGUAUCUCUUAUUCUCUUUUGGAUCUUUCAAUGAUGAUUUAGUUCAUUGAUUCUUAGUAAGCAAAUUACUCUUUGUACAUUUCAUGAAGAUUUUCAUCCAUUUGAAAGUGCCAAAGAUGUAUACAGGGUAUCCAACUAGGAGAGCGCAUAAGUUGAUGGUGAAAUUCAUAUUGGAUCUGAUUGAAAUUUUUUUUUUACUUUUGAGGGAUAUUCGCUUCCCCAAUUCUUUCAUAUAUUUUAUAAAUGAAGGUUCAUCAACCUACAAAAUUUCAAACUCCAAUAUACAUUGCUCUGUGAAUUUCUAAUGGCACUCCUGGAGGGACACCCUGUUUCCAACUAAUUUGAGAUAAAUAUCUAUAAAUUGGUCUAGAAUUAAAACUGGAUACCUACUGUGCCAAAUGGCCUUUCCUAAUAAAUUAUUGAUUUACAUUUAAAAUAUUGAAUACUUUCUGUACCGAAUGUACUUUUAUUUCAUUUUCAUCUUUUCUGACUAUAUUCCAAAUCAAUCCAUUUUUCACAAUAUUCAGUUCUCAAGUUCUACCUUAUGAUACCUCUGAAUUGGGAAUUUUUUGAAACAAAGGUUGGAACGUUAAUCUUGAUCAGCUAAAUAUCUUUAUUUGUCUGCUUUUAAUUGAACAGAGAAUAAAAAAAUUAUUUUUUCACUUAUGUAUUCUUGCUAUCUUCAGAAUUUGACUGACCAUCGAUGGGAAUGAAAGUUCUCACCAAAAUGAAAUGUUCAAAGAUGUAUCUAACUGUUGGAUAUUUUUUUUAUUGUGAAAAAUGGUUUUAUUAGGAAUAAUUUUUUUUAGUAUUCAAGUAACUUCAGUAUAAUAACCACACUUAAUUCAUUCUCAACAAAAGUUUGAGAUUCAAUCAAUAAUCUGCUUGAAUUUGGUAAUUCUUCUAAAAGUUAAUUCUUAUCAUGUUUUUGUGCCACUCUAAUAGCCUAAAACUAAAUAAGGAUAUAAAUAUUGGUUUUAGGCUAUUACAUCUUUCUUUUGGCAGCAUUGAAGAAAUGGGAGAAACAUCAACUUUUAUACAUCAUAAUUCAAUCUGAAAUAACAAUUCUCAAUUUAUUGGUUUGUUAAUCGAAUCAAGUCUGAAAUGAGGUGAAAGAUAUUUAGCGAAUGUGUUAAUAUUGAGUUUCAGAUAUAAGAUAUAAUAUAAGUGCAAGACCUUUAAAAUCUCUAAAGGGUUGAUGUUUUUCUAAUUAUUCAUUGCGUGAAUAAAAGUACAGCGUUUCUCAAAGAGAUAAUUUUUGUUUAUUUUUCUAGUCGGUUGACUAUUCUAUAUGAAAUAUGUCCUAAUACUCAUCACUGUGUUUCCUAUUUUGAAUCUUUGUAAAUAUUAAUAAUCGAUUCAAUUUAUGGCUUAAAUAUGCCUUUAGGGUUUUUGUGUUAAAACAUUUCAGUACCUGAUGGACGUUAGUAAAAUAAGAAUUGAAAAAGAGAAACCUAUUUUUGUACAUUUAUAGUUUUAUAGAAGAACGUGAAAUAAUUAUGUAGAAAAAAAUGAAAUGAUUUUGUAGAGAAAAUAAAAUAAUUUUGUAAAAAAAUCAAAUGAAAUUGAAAAAAAAAAUAAAUAAUUCUGUGCAAAGAACAUUCGUUUCAAGAAACCUGCAAAUGUAUUCUGCCUGUUGUGAACAGUUUCCAUAAAGAUCCUCACCUCAUCUGUAGCCAUAAAAAGUUCACCGUUCUAUGCUAAGAGUGGCAAAAAGCCUAUAACUUCAUAAAACCUGAAAAUGAACUCUACCUGUUGUGACCAGUAUCCAUAAAGAUCCUCAUCUUUUCUGGGCUUCUAUAACCAAAAAAGUUCACUGUUCUAUGCUAAGAGUGGCAAAAAGCCUAUAACUUCAUUAAACCUGAAAAUGAACUCUACCUGUUGUGACCAGUUUCCAUAAGGAUCCUCAUCUUAUCUGCGCUUCUAUACCCAAAAAAGGUUCACUGUUUGAUGCUAAGAGUAACAAAAAGCCUAUUGCUUCAUCAAACCUAAUUUUUUUCACCUGUUGUGGCCAGUUUCCAUAAAGAUCCUAUCUUCUGUGCCUCCAUAGCCAACGAAUUUCACUGUUUGAGAAUAAUAGAAUAUGAAGAAUUCCAUUUUGUGAGGAAAGUCUGUAAAGAUAGGCCACAAGAUUUAGUCUAGCAUUAUGGAGCACAGCAAGUACUCAAUGUACAUGUUUUUAUGUACCAUAAUAUCUUGAGUAACUUUUGUAUCCACAAAAUGAAAACUUUCCUUUGUGUUGUAUUGGAUGUUGGAAGCAAUAGCAAGAAAUGGUGGGGAUAGUACACUACACACAUGGUGAUCAAAUUACAUACCAGCUUUGUAGCAGAAAUAUAUUGCUUUCCUAAUUUCACUUCUACAUUCCAUACAAAGAACCCGAAAACGGUGGAAUUUCAGACAGAGGCUUGUUAUUUUCUAAAACUUGAAAAAGUUACAAAGUUUAGCAUUUCAACUUGCACCGUUCAACAUAAAUCUUGAAGCAAUAAGUGACACAAUGAACCUGCGAACACCUUUCCCUGAAGAUGCUAUUAUGGUAGCGAAACAUGUGCAAUGGCUGAAUAACUUAUUCUAGUGAAAAUCAGUGCAAACAUAGAUUAUUUCAUUUAAUGUAUAUUUGGAAAUAAAAGUUUUAAAUUUA